AUGGCUUCAAAUCUACCCGUAGAGAGCAGAGAUCUUCUCCAGCCUCCACCAGAAGAGUUGGCUCAAGGUAUGAUUGUUAUUAUAUUCAUAUGAUCGGAGUAUUUUUACUAUGAGGACAGGUCUUUAAAUUACGACCUGUCACUUCCCACAUGUUAUUAAUUUAUGCGACGAACAACCCUCGAAACAAUUACCCUCUCUUUAAAGGUUUAAAAAAGUAAGGUUGUAAAAGAUUCCUGCGUUUUCCACGUUCAUUCAUUGACCUUUAUAGUGAAUUAGGGAUCGAAGCCCCCUGUAACCAGUUGUCACAACCAAGACCUCCAUUGAUAGUAAUUCUCCUUACUGUCAGCCAUACAGUUUUUAUGAUGUUAGUUCAGAGAAUUUGGUAUAAGAUCACGUAAUAAUCCGCUAUUUGAUAUUUUCUCUAUUUUCUUCCCUAGUCUGCUUGAUAUUGUAUUGAUAUUGUAAGGAGAAUUUCUGUCUUUGUCACUGCCUAGAGUGAAAGGGUUCAAGAUAAGUUACCUUUUAACUUAGCUCUAUUGGUUUGAUUAAUCUUUCAUCCCCAGGAUCACAAAAUCAAUUCUCCUAACUGACUGAUAUGAAUUAAUACAAUUUUAGCUCUGAGAAUUUGGCUUUGAAUCAAGAAAUAUUUCAAACUUGAAACUUGCUUCACCUUAUUGCGAGGAGAAACUACUUAUUGUUCACUCUGAUAACAAGAGGUUAAUGAGGAUAAUUCAGGCAAAGAAAAAAUCUUUCUGAUUCAUGCAGAUGAAUUAUGCAAGGAAUUAUGAGGAGAAUAUUUCAUAUCAGUGGAUAAAUCUCAGUCUUGGCAUCAUGUUAACACUCCAUGCAAUAAUAUUUUAACAUUUACUUCAAUCUAUAGGUGUUUUUUUUUUAUAUUAGAGGCAGUUAGACUCCAACCUCCCCCCUUUCUCCCUUUCAUGGUCUCAAAGCCAACUGAGUUCAGUGACACGUAAGCCACACUGCAGUCAAUCUAAGGGGCAGCUUAUUAUGUGCCUAGUAAACACCACCCAAAGAUGCAUCAUUUUCAUCACAAAAAAACUGUUUAUUAUCAGUCAGUUCUAUGCAUUUCAUCUUCCUUUGUUAACAGUCCAUCCUUUUUUGUUAGUUCUCAAGGAUGGUUUAUCCAAGAAUUUUUCAAAUGUGGAAGUUGAAGUAGUUGAUUGUCCAGAUUUGAGAGAGAAACCAUGGACAUUGGCCGCUCCUGGUAUGGUGUGAACUUAAAUUACCACACAAAACAAUAUUGACUGAAUGACUAUUAACAGCUUCUUGAAAUCGACACAUUGAGGCAUUAACUAGUAGUACUUUACAGUGGCUAACAUUACUUUUUAUAUUAAGGUAUUUGUGGCAGGGUCAGAAUUGCUGAUGUUGGUGGAGUGCCUUACCUUAUACCUCUCCCAGACCUCUCCAAGGUAAAUUGUUCAGUUGUCUUCGUGAAAUUUGAAUAUUCAUGAAUCAUUCAAAGAAGUAUAGAUUAUUUGGUUCUUAAUUGCCUGUAAAGAAAUACACUGUGAAUCAUAUUUCCUGCUUUUAGUUAUACAAUUUUGAUGAUGUAGCAAAAAGCUCAGAUCUUCCAGGAGGAUUUGUUAUUGGUGCAGGAGCCGGAAGCAGCAAGUUUGUUGGAGUGAAUUGUGAGGUAAAACUCAAAUGUUCACUUAACCCUUUAUCUCCCAUGAGUGACCAAGACAGAAUUUCUCCUUACAAUAUUGGUACAAUAUCAAGCAGAAAAGUAAUAAGAAAAAGAAAAUAUCAUUUAGGGGAUUAUUGGUUGAUCUAAUAACACAUUCUUGAAACUAACACUCACUUUUGCUUUGUAUCCUCAUCCCCUCCUCCAUUGUUCAUCUCUGAAGUUAGCGAGCAGGUUUGAGUAAUUCAGUAUAAAGAUAUAACAAGUGUGACAAUUAGAAUUACUGUACUGCUGUGUAAAGGGAUCACGUAUAUAAUAACACAUUGACAACAACAACAAUCUUCAUUUCAGUCUUAAAAUAAAAGAUACAGUUAGUUUUGUCCACAGAUAGCUGGUGCUGAUUUAAGUGGGCCAGUCUUCAAAUUCUAAUGGAGGUCUAAUAAAGAACAGAACAAAAAAAGGAUAUAAAAAAAAAGAUGGAAAAUGAGUUACUGGAAGACUUAACUAUGGAGAGGACUUAAACAGGCAUUCUUAAUUACUUUUCUCUCUCCAAAAUACUGAACAAUAAAUGUAAUAAUUGUUAUUUUGAAUUUGAAAGUUUGUUUUGGUAGCUUCCUAAGAGACCAUCGGUUUCUCAUGUUAUGGUCUAACAGCAAUUCUUAAGGGAUAAAUUUAUUUUUUGUACUACAAGGUUUCAAGGUUUAUGUAGAAAAUAUUAGAGGUAGUUAUGGUAAGUCAAAUGACAUUAAUUACUAUAGAAAUGCCUUGAUCAAAAACAUGGGUUAUCACUGAUUUAUGAUUAUCAUUAUAAAGUUCUUGGAGGUUUAGCUUUUAGCUUGCCCAGCCCACAAGUUUUUAACUAGUGUUAUAAAUGUGUUAUAAAUGUCUUCCAGAUGAUGGCAAACUUGGUCACAAACUCAGAACAGAAGGGAAUCAUUGCAACAAAAAUUGCUAAAGUGAAUGAAGAGGUAAGUUUCUAUUAUUUGUAGGUGUAACAAGCAAGAAAGUGGAUUUUUCUAACUCCCAUUCAAAAAGUGAGAGGAAAGAGGUGAUCUCCAAGAAGUGUGCACCACCAGAGCAACUUUUUGUGAUAAUAAUAUGUGAUAUAUGAAUUGUGUUUUUGUUGCAGAAUGGAUCCUUUGUCCUGGAAGAUUACAAAUGUGGAGAGUUUAAUUUGUUGGGUAAUUUUCUUGUUAGUGAUGGAAAACCAGGAAAGGUUUGAAAAGUUUGUGACUUUUUUCAACUUUCCCAAAAAGAUCCUAAUCGCUAAAUCAAUUACAAAAUACAAUAUAGCUUAUGUUUUUAGCAGAGACUUUUUUCAUCGCUUUAAAUAGAGAUUUACGUUUGUUUCUUUUAGGUUCUGAAAGUUUGUGCCAGCAAAAGGACUGGAGAUGAGAAUUUUGUCACGUGCAUGCGAAACACCCUGGCUGGUCGCUAUGGAGACCAACCAGUGGGAAUGGGUGGAGUGUUUUUAAUCGAAAAAAUUGUUAGGGGACAGAUAGGGUGGUCGCUACCUUGUGGUUAUAGGUAACGUCGCCUCCUUGAGCGUCCACUUCAGGAAGUUAGAAAAGACUGUCAUAAUUAGGAAACCACGACAGCUCAAACCUAAAUAACUUCGGAAUUCGAAUUCAUAUAUGAAAUACUUUCUAAAUAUAAACGAAAGAUAAAAUCAUUCUGAACUGACUGACUAACUGACUUACUAAUCAUAAAAAAACUUAAUUCUUCAUAACAAUACUUCAGGGUGACGGAACUUGGGGUGACCAGGCGAGGGAGCGAAAUCGCGGGUUUCCAACUUAGAAAGUACUCUCAAAUACCUGUAUGACAACAAAAGAAUAGGGAAUUUUGAGGAUGAUCUUGAAAAUUCAUCGACCCCUAAGAUAAACGACCAAUAGGCAGACGAUAUUAAAAUCUGAGUGCAGAUUUUAUUUCAGACUUUUAAAAACUUCUUAAGACGUUUUUAUUGAAAAAUUCUAUAACUGAUUUUAAGUCUUUUUUCGGUCUGAAUAGCCCAGAUUUUCCCAAACCCCACUCAAGACAGACGCAGAUGUGAACAAUUGGCUCAAAUUCUAUGAGAUGAGUGCCCCAUUGGUUUGUGUGGGAGUCUUGGAAAGUCACGAUCCUGUGAGUGUUCUUUUCUUUAAUUUGUUGUCGUUAUAAAGAGAAAUCCUACUCAGUAAUCUUCGUUUUUUGAUAUAUUUUUAUGCUAUGUUUAUUGAGUAUUUGGCAUGAGUUCGUCAAUGCCCUCAAAGAUCAUACGUCACGACAUUUUGAAAAUAUAUAUAUUUUUUUUGCGCCAUGGAAAACGUCCUAAAGCUACCUUCUAUGUGAAGAACACUGCCAAUAUUUGUCAGAUAAGGAAAAGCCGUAACAGGUUUGUUAAAACCAGGAUGGAAAACGGUAUGGAAGAUUUAGACGGAUUGAAAACCAACUAGAAAACAAUUCAGUUCAGGGCUUCAAGAUACUUGAACUGUGUCCAAAGGUUCCUUUUCACCUUAACAGGAUUAAUGUACGCGACGUUGCCAAAAUGCUGGUGUGGACGAAGGAUACAAUUCCUUACCGUAGCGAACUUUCUCAAAAUCUUGUCAUUUUGUGUUCAGGGUCUGGACUUGCGCAUUGAACACUUCCACUGCUUCAGUGAUCAUGGAGAAGGAGGGCAUUACCAUUAUGACGUCACACCCGAUGACGUACAAUACACUGGGUUCUUUAACGUCGCUGAGAAAAUUUACAGAAUAGAUCGACCGCUGACUACACACAAUGUUGGAAGAGACUGAGGAAUGGCCUAAGAUCACUAUUCCAUAUAGUGGCUAAAUUUUCAAAUAAUUGAAUAUUUAAAUCUGCGCUUGAAAUUUUACACAAGCCCCAUUACAUUUUAAUGUAUUGUUUUGGGAAUCUAACAAGAUUAAAAUUAGCAUGGUAUUGUACAGGUGAGCAAAUAUAAUUUAAAAUCUAAAAGAAUUAAAGAAAUUUCUACGGUUGCACUGGGGGACGCGUUUUCUUAAUGUUAGCGCGCUGGAUAUUGGGGCUAACGCAAACAAAGGGGCAUACAAAAAUUUUUCCUUUUUGAAAGGAUCUAUUUUACUAAGUAUUAUUUUAUGGCUUAGGCUUGUGGCCGAUAUAACGCGCGCUCUGAUUGGUUAAGAGCGAGAUCAGAGCAGGGCAUUAUACAGUGGUAAUGCCCUCGGGCCGAUUAUGGAUUGUGCAAACUAGAAAGAGCGCAAAAUGUUAGACAAGUACCACGGCGGUUAUUUUCGCUGUCUGAAAAUCCGAGCGCAUGAAAACGAUGAAGGCCGAUUGACAGCCAGAGAGAAUAGACUCAUUUUGAUACAAACAGCUAAAGUUUUAGAAGAGCAGCGAAGGUACUAUUUUAAAUUACCUGUUUUAAAUUACCUCGCUAUCUCUCGGUCAACACGGCGAGGCCUCAGUUUGAAAUUUUCCCGUAACGACCUCACUCUCGGUUGUUAAGUAGUAAACAAUGACUUAUUAGGACUGAAUUUGAACGAAAUGAAUUGUGAAAGUAAUUUGCUUUGUAAGUGGUAUAUUGCCUUGGACUGUUCUUGAUUGCAUGGGGUAAG